GCACCCACCUAUGGGUUUGGGAUAGCAGUUAGUGGUGGCUAUGACAGUCCCCAUUUUGUCAGUGGUGACCCAUCUGUAGCUAUCUCUGAUGUCUUGAGUGGAGGGCCUGCAGAAGGGAAGCUGCAUUUAUCAGUGAUGUCAGUGGAAGCACGGAAUAGAAGUCAGUUUAUCAGUCAUGUCAGUAGUAUUACAGAAUAUAAGUCAGUCAUGAAACGCAGAGUCUUGUUACCCAGUACAGAAAGCAAUAGGCCAACCAUACCACUGAAAAUGACCUUGACCAAGAAGAGCAGAAAAGAUGAAUUUGGACUUCUGUUGGGAUGCAAGGUGUUUGUCAGCGGUAUUGUGGAGAAUUCACUAGCUGCACAAGAGGUCAACCUACACAAGGGAGACACUGUUCUUAAGAUUAAUGACACUCCAGUAGAAAACCUGUCACUCAAUGAACUACAGAAGCUGAUAGAGAAAAGCAAGGACAAACUACAGCUUGUCAUUAGCACAGAGGGCAGCCAUGACAUAGUCAGCAAGAGCACAGUUUCCCUGAUACAAACUGAACCUCAAGCAGGUGUGCUACCCAUUCGGCCUCGCAACAUUGAUAGUGUCAACCUGUUUCAGCCUAUUAAGCGUGCAGAGGAAGUGAGAAAACACUAUAACCUUGAACCUGUCACAAACAACAUCCAUGACGGCUACUACAGUGACCAGGAUGAUUCCUGGCAGAGUAAGGGGGACCCAAGUCUGAAGUCGGAGAGUUAUAGCCCUCGUGAAGCCUUUUCUGUCAAGUCUGUUCAUGACUCAGACCUGCAGACUGUAACAUUCCAUAAAGACAAGCAGACGGGUUUGGGCUUACGUCUGACCGGUGGAAAUGCAACUGGAAUCUUCAUUGCUAGUGUGCACCCGAGAAGUGCAGCAGAGAGGGUGGGGCUUCUGGAGGGUGAUAAAAUCAUUCAGGCAAACAAUCGGGUCAUGACCGGGAUGAUUAGAGAAGAGGCUGUGUCAUAUUUGAGCAGCCUGGAAGGGCAGGUCACUCUUGCAGUUCAGUACAGGAAAGAAGAAUAUGAUCGUAUCAUAGCAAGCAAUGAAGCUGGGGACUCUUUCUUUGUCAGAACACAUUUCAAACAUACUGCCUCAGACGCAGAAACUGAGCAUUCAUUUCAGGUUGGUGACAUUUUCCAUGUCAAGGACACACUGUUUCGUGGUAUCGGUGGCUCAUGGUUGGCAAUCAGAAUUUCAGAUGGUCUCAAGAAAAACAGAAAAGGAACUAUCCCUAACAGUAAAACUGCAGAAAUGUUCAAGUCUCAACAGAGAGAAGACAGUGACAAGGAGAACUUUCCUAAUAGGGGAAGAGGCAGUUUGUUCAGAAGGAGAUCAAUCUCACGUCGAUCCAAGUCAUUGGGCAGAGACUGCUGGGAGCGAAUAAUUUUUGAAAUUGGCAAGGAACCAGAAUCUGGUCGGGACACUAAAUUUCCUGCAUAUGAGAGAGUUGUUUACAGAGAUCCUGGGUUUGUGAGACCUGUCGUUGUUUUUGGAGCAAUUUCUGAUAUUGCUAGGGAAAGACUUCUGGCAGACUAUCCAGGAAGAUUUGAGUCUAUUCAAACUGAUAAAGCAGCAGAAGAAGGCAGCAAGAAAGACAAGGGUGCCGUUAUAACACUAGGUUCCAUACGUGAGACUGUAGCUCGGAACAAGCAUUGUCUAUUGGAUAUUACUCCGUAUGACGUGGAUAAACUGAACUAUGCACAGUACAACCCGAUCGUCAUUUUCCUCAAAGCUGAGUCCAAGCAGGCAGUUAAGGAUGUUAGAGGACGCUGGAAAUCCAGCAUGAAGAGCCCUAGAAAGUUGUUAGAACAGAGUGAUAAAAUUGAAAAAUCAUAUUCCCACCUGUUUACAGGCCAGCUGAAAUAUACAGGAACAGAUUCCUGGUUUCCCAAACUAGCAGAGAUGAUUGAAUCUCAGCAGCAGAGAAAAAUCUGGAUAUCAGAGCAGCAACCACUAGAAGAUGUCAGUGAAGACUUCAUGUUCCCACUGUCCUCACGGAUGAGCUGUACUACUGGCACCAGCAGCCAUGUUGACAUAGCACAGCUUCAGAGUCAGCUGGAUGUAUCACCCAUGGGCAUGCAGCAGCAGCAGCAGCAGCAGACGGUCGGCAGGUACUUGUCGGAACCUUCUGUCAAUGCCCUUGAGAUUCCACCAGCAGGACCUCCUUCCCUUUCCUCAUUGGCACACAAGAACCACAGGGCAUGUAUUCUUUUUACACA